CCUGCCAUCCUUGCUUUCCCUUUUCUGAAGCCGCAGUUGUCCUUCGCCCAACAGUUAUAAUUUGGCCUUAUUUACAUGUGGAAUUUUCAAUACACCUUUUUUAAAGCCUAAAUCAACUCCAAGAACCUGAACUUAUAUAUAUUGGCGGGAGUUCCAGUGCAUCAAAUCUUUCGGCGUUGCAGCUUCGGCGGAAGCCUAUGCUUCCCUUUUUCCUCCAUCGGUUGUUAUGGCAGUGGAGAAGGAAAAGCUUCAGGAAGAAUCCGUAAUCCGCCGCUUCUACAAGAUUAUUCUUAGUUGGGACUACUCAGCUCUCCUCGAUGAAUAUAAGGAGCAGAAGGAAGGGACUGCGGAGUCGACACUCGUGAAGGUGAAGAACCGGUAUACAGACGUUGAUGACUAUAUUGCAACCUACGAACCGCUCAUCUUUGAAGAAGCCAAAUCCCAGAUCAUUAAGGGGAAAGAGGAAGAAGAGGUGACUUAUUGCAAAUUGGGGGUGGUAAAAAGUUGGUGUGAGGCAGAUGAUUUUCAUUUUAUAGAAUUUCCGUGUGAAAUUAAUGAGGGAGAAUCAAUAUCACAGAAUGAUCUUUUGCUGCUUUCCAGAGAUAAGCUGUUCUUAGAUAGAAAAAUAUUACCUACUGUUUAUGCAUUUGCUUUGGUGGAACAUGUCCGGAAAUAUUUUGGUACCCGACUUGUUCGAGUUAGACUCUAUCUUGCUGGGGAGUUCUUAAAAUAUAAUACAGAUGAUGUAAAAUCUUGCCCUAGGCUGUUUAACAUGCGAUCUCAUAUAUGCGAGACAGAAAGACAGUUAUAUUUUAUGAAGCAAUGCAGCUUAUCUACAAUUGCUCGUGAAUAUUUGGCUAUUCGAACUUUAGGCUGUCUCCCGUACAAGGAUUUAAUAUUAAGUGCAGUUGGAGAAGAUUUUGGCACAGAAGUCGAUGGAUGGAAAAUCCCAACACCGUUGAGGGAAUAUGUUGAAAAUAGUUUUAAUCAGUACCAGCGUGAGGCCAUUACAGCUGGUCUAUCAUCAAAAGCCUUUGAGUACAAUUCAGUUUAA